UUUGUAAGAAGAAUUGCACCAAAGCAUAAGUAAUAUAUUAAGUUACUUGUAAUAAUACUUAUAACUACAAUAGGUUCAGCUUUUUAUUAGUGAGCGUAGGAGAGGGGAAUUAUGUUGGCCGUGGCCAUGUGCCUUAAUUUGGGUUUUUUUAAAAUAAAAAAACUAUAUAAUGGUGUAUCAAAAAUAGUAUAAACGAUAGCAAUCAGAAUUUGAUAUUAAGCCGAGUAGAUUGCAUUUUAGAAUUCUGUCACUUAUUUCUAUACAUAAAUCAAAUUUGGAUGAAUAUGCUUUACGUCUUUGUUUGUACAAGGAAAAAAGAAAAUAAUAUUUUUCCUUGUAGAGUAAUGAAGUAUUUCUAGACAAAGUAGAUUUAUGAUCGUAACAUCUUUUGACAAGCACAUUGGACUGUAGAAAGAGCAUCCAACUUGGGGCUUGGGGCAUAUGUUGCUACCUUCUGCUAGCAUAGCUCCAAAGCAAGUCACUGUUCGCUAAGGGUCAGGUUCAUGCUUUCAGAUCAGAGAAAAGUAAAUAUAUGGUUGCGUUUUCAGAAGUGAUAAUUUGUAAUAUAUAAUGUAAAUCAGUUUGUACGUAAUGAUGCUCUGACCUAUUUUAUGUCAUGGACUGAUGGGAUCGAUGUAUUCAAGCCUAGUCUAUAAAAGUAAUUAUGUAACAGUGUUCAGAUCUUAGCCCAUAUGGUUUAAAAGGUAUGGUGGGCUGGAAACCUAAACUAUCACUGCUGAUAAACAUUCAGGGGCAAUAGCCUACUCUUUUGUCUGUCCACUAGGGCAGGGCAGCAUGAACAGUCGCCUCUUACUACUUAAGUGGUAGUCUGGCUAAUAUGGGAGGGGGGUCACCAACCUUUUGGGACCUGUGGUCACAUUUGCAAACCAGAGAAACUGCUGUUAACCCCACAACUGAACACACUACACUUGGGUACAACAGAACACUUCUUUCAAGCCUACUUCCAGCAUGGGGAGGGGACUUUGUGAUUGCCAGAGAAUGCCUCUGUGAGCUCAUUGUGACCCCUACUUUAGAUAAAAAGAUCCCAGGGUAUGUAGAGAUUCAAAGGAUAAAACCAGCACUUUUAAAUUGAACCUUGAGGCAGUCAGGUAGAUAGUGGUGAACUUUUAACAAGGGUCAUUCCUAAUUAAUAAUCUGGCCACUGCAUACUGUACCACUUGUAGUUUUUUUAAUGCUCUUAGAACACAGUUGAAUUGAUAAUUUGAAGGCAAUAGAAUAUCCCUGCAGGUGUUCUUCUCAAUAUUGUAAUGGUAUGGAGGAGAGCAGAGGUGUGUAAGAUGUGCCUGCCCUUCACCAUCCAUGCAUUGUGGGAGAUGUUGGAAGCAGGGAGCUUGGUCUUUGCGCAUAGACCCCCGCUGCCCACUUCCCACACAUGUGAAAAUCAGGGUUAAGGGGCUAACAGAAUCAGCCCAGUUCUCAGCCUCUUAAUCCUUUUCCCCAUUGAAAGCCAAUCUGGUUAUGUGCAACUGAACUGAAUACUUGUUUCCCUCUCCUUUUGUCCAAUGUUACGUUAUGAGUACCUUGGCUUGGGUCCUGUUGCAUAUAUUGAUGACAUUUAUAUAAGUGCUAAUAAUAAUGUGUUUUUUAUGAUUAGACCACCAACCUGCUGAAAAUGACCGUAAGUGUAUGGAUUAAUAAAUACAGUCUCUUUAAGAGUGGAUCUGAUGAUGAUGAUGGUUGUAAUAUAUAGAUUUUUAAAACGUGGGUUCUGUGAGGCAAAAUAAAAAUUUAGCUCAACCAUGUGUGGAGCAAAAGUAUUAAAAUGUUUAGUUUUAGUUACUUUAUAGUUAUUUUGUUAUUUCAUCUGGCUUGUUGGAUCAUAAACUAUUAUCAUCAUUUUCAUCAUUAUUACUGUCAUCGUCAACUUUUGUACCUAACCUCUUGAGUCAUGGUGGGAUUCCCACUUUAUUGAGGUAGACGGUAGACCAUGCUUAGAGAAAGUAACAGCCCCAAGCUCACCUAAUGAGCUUUAUGACUGAUUGGGAAUUUAAAUACACAGGUCCCUGAUCAAAACCCAACAGUCUAAUCACUACACCACCCUGGCCUGUAACACACCAAAGACUAUGAAUUUGCUGCUACUUUCCCAGAUGUGUUAACUUUCUGCUGUAAAUCUGUGAUCUAAUGAUGACAUACGUGGCCUGAAAAAGCAGCAGUAAGGGGGCUUUUCUGUGUAAUGGCAUUUUUGCAUGUUACUGAAAGUUUCCUGCUGCACAUACACCUUGGUGUGAGUUCACACGCAGGAACAACUGUGAACUUCAUUGUAACUGAACAGGUCAGCUUGCCCCCAAACAAAACACUGAGGCAGUGUUACAAUAAGGCAAGCGUGAAUUCAAGAAUCUACCAAACUAAUUUGCGUCUUUAGGGGUGGGUGGGGGAAAUUGAUAUGGUGACAAAAUUACCAAAUGUGUAUUGAAACAUUCUGUGCCAUACAACAUUUUGACCACUCAUUAACAGCUUUGUUCUUUUUUAAAUGAUUCAU